CUUAAUCGAAGAAGUUUGUGCGUGAUAAUGUAUGAAGAACCCCCAUUCUCCCCUACUUUUGCAAAUUUACUAACAUGUGGAUGUUAUUAGAGAUGAACAUAUUUUACCAAUCAUUUUGGACCAUACAUGUUUGAAGCGGAAGGACACCCCAUUCUCACGGCGACUGUUCCCUUCGCCGUGAUCCUGACCACGGGGGAGAUCGCGGAGACUACCGAACCUGUCCUCAAAGUUAGGGCCAGGGCCACCGCGGCAACGGUCAUAGGGGUUGCAUCCCCGGUCGUAAGGUUUUUGGGUCGGAGCUUCUUCACAUCUCUUGUUAUCAUGGCCACAUCGAGGAGCAUCAAAAGAUAUGGCGCCAUUGCUAAUCUCCUUAGCAACUCCCAUGUAGAAUAGAUUUGUGCACGCCACGAAUCCCAAUAGACAAACCACAAGGAUAAUGCCUCUUGUGUUGGCCAUUGUUAAAUGUCCUUAUUAUUAUUAUUAGCUUUUAUUGAACUUAUUGUAAACAAUGUAAAUUUAUUUGUAACAAUGGUAGGGACAACCUAGCUGUUUGUGGGUGUGUAUAUAUAUAUGCUUACAAACCAUAAGAUGGAUGUUUGGUGUAGCACCAUUUUUGCCCCUCGUAAGGAUAGUAUUAAAUGAAAUACUUGCCAAAUAAAGGAGAGAACAAUAG